ACUUCGUAAACCGUUAGCGGACCAAUUAGCUUCCACUAAAUAAAGUUCCGCUAACGAAAAAUUCAUAAAAAAUUCAUACGUUGUCGGUAGUCGGAAAGCAAUGCCUUUCCAACGGUGUACGUGUUUGUUCCUAUCUGUUGUGUGCAUUUCUCCAACAGUCAGUCAGGCAUGCUAUUGGCUGACUAUGUGUAAACAUGACUUGUCAAUGCAACAGCAGCAGCAUUUGAGUAGCAUUGUUAAAGUCUAAGUGUCAGCGAUCACUGGGGUGCAUGUCUGCAGCGACUGUGGUUGAAGCAGAGGCCGCUCAGGCUGAGGGCCAGGAGUCGCAGAACCUGUGGCCCCACCUGGAUGGCUAUUUUGUCCUCAAGUCAAGGGAUACGAAAAACUCCAAUAUUUUGUAUUUCCUGUGCGUCAUGCGCCAGCCCAAAGAGACCAUCAUCAAGGGACAGGUGGUGAGCUUCUACAACUUGAAGUUGCAUGUUAAGAGGAAACACCCAGCACAUGCCAUCAAGUUUGAGGAGAGAAUCAAGGCCGGAUCUUCCCAUGGAAAACACAGGCAAUCUUCUUGUGGCAGCACCACUAGUAGGAGCAGUAGCCAAUUAUCACAGCCACCUGCAAAGAGAGCACGCCAGACCACCAUUGGCAAAGCGUUUGUUGCUGCUGGCACUAGCGUCCGUCAGUCUGUGGUGGGCACAAAGAAUGUGAACCUAUUCGUCUGCAACAUAUUACUACCUUUGUCAGCCUGAUCAAGACGCUGAACCCCAGCAAGACGUCGAUGUCCAGCCGCACCCUGGGCAGGAGGAUUUUGGUCAGCCAUAAAUAGGUGGAGGAGUAUCGUAUAAGGUAUUUAUGAGUUACCUGCCUGGAGGCAGCUUAUUAAACUACUACUAUAGCUUUUUUUUAUAUUUUCUUAAUUUUUGUGGGUAAUGUAAGUUAUGACAGUUUAGAAGUACAGUACCUUUCCCAGUGUUGUAAAGUAACCAAGUAAAAUUCCCUGAGUACUGUACUUGAGUAACUUUUCUCAGUGUUUACUUUUCAAAAAUUACUGAUGAUGUAACGAGUAAAGUAUUGUUAUCAGAUUGCAGUGAAGUAAAGUAAUAACAGAUUUCAGUAAUUAAGUACAUAAAAGUAAAAGUAGUGAACAAUUUCAGUAUUUUUUAAAAAGUAAAUACCGAAAAGUUACUUAAGUACAGAACUCAAGUAGUUUUAACUUCGUUACUUUACAACAGUGGUACUUAUACUCUAAUAUUAAAGAUGAGUAUUGUUUGCUAUGGUGCUUCAGUACAGCGACAAGUGUGUCCUUGUCAGUCACUCGCGUUACAUCACAAAAUUAAACAAUCGAUAUUUCCGCACUAGCGGAACUUGAUCAUCAUAUGACCUUGACAUUCUAUACCUUAUCAGGAAGCUCUCCAGGUCUGUUCUAAAAGUCUUAAAAGUAAAAGACCAAAAAACUAAACCGAAUCUGAAUUCAUGUGAAAAAGUUUGCAGUUAGCAUUUAGCGAUAGCUUCUGCUAAUAUUUUUCAGCGAAUCAGCGAUUUAGCAAUAGCAGAGCUUUUAGUUAGCAGAUUAGCAGUUAGCAAAGCUAACUUUUCGGUUAGCUGUGCCCACCACUGCAUAGAAGCUAUACCGUAAAACCUUCUUGAGGAAGAAGAGCUGCAACUCAACUUUCUCAAGACACCAAGGAACUAUCGCUCAACCUUCACAAGAGGUCCAAGAGCUGGAGAACAAUCCAUUCAAAAGGUUCUGGACCUUAGUUUAACAUACCCUAGAAUCUACUAAACUACACACACAUAACCAGUUAUGGUACUGUACCUUUUUAUUCCCUACUAAACUAAAUAUCAAACUUCAACAUGCCAUAAAAAGAUAAGUUUUCCUUAUUCUUCAUUUUUUUGUUGUAAAUAUCUAGUUUUUAAUGCUCUACAAUCCUAUAAGAAAAAAAAAUUUAAAGUAAAAGAGAUCUGUUAUGGCAGUAAGUUUGUCAAGCUUAACAUGCCUUGAAAAGGUAAACUUCAUUAUGAAAUAAAUUCUAUUUUAUAUUUAAGAACAAAUUAGUUACAGAAGGCCUAUCAAUAUCAACAAUAUACAUCUUAAAAGUUGAUUUAAAUAAAACUGCUAAAUUGGCACCUUCGUAGUUCAAUAAUAAUGUGAACUUUUAUUAAGAUACACCUGUGCUGAAAAUCAGAAACCAAUUAGAAGCAUGCUCAAUUUAUCACACACAGACCAAUGUCACAAUUUGCUCAAUACAAUUGGCAAAUUGGCACCUACAUAGCCCAAUAACAAUCUCAGUAUGUAUUCCUCUUCACGUGAUAUGCCAGCACUAAGUUUUUAGCCGAUCAGAAGAAAUGUUCUCAAGUUAUCACAAAGUUAACCUUGGAGGAAGAAAACCACUAAUGUCAUAUCCAUUCAGAGAUUAUUUUAUAAAUGAAGUCGGUAAUGACUAAU